AUGAACGUUCAACUCGCCAUCACCGUCUUGCUUUGCCUCGUCGCUACGUCGGCCGCACAAAAGGGUAAGUAACUGAUAAUUGGUAUCAGACAGACUCGCAGUAACUGAAGAAUAAUGCGAUUUUAAAAACAAUACAGACGCAUUUGAUUGGGAGGAAAUAACCUGUCAUAACCAGAAGGGCUUGGAUGAAGAUAUUAGUUUUAUCUGAAAUGUACAACCUCUUCCGCAUGGAAUUCAUUUACAAGAAUAAUUGCAGAAAAGCGUCUCUGUCUCAUCGUUAUGCGUUCUUUUGGCGCAUCCUUCUAGCUCAUUUAUCACAUUGCCAAAACUGUUCGCUCUUGGAGAAUGCAUAAUUACACAGGAAUUCCUGUUUUGCACAUUGCCUUCGAGUAGUCACCUAUUCCACCCAAUAAACCCGUCUAGCUGAGGUUUUGGGACUCUGUUUUUGUGCAACAAUCCGCGAAAUAAGACAAAAGGGGUUGGGGUGGGUUCCAUCAAUCGUAACGAGUUCUGUUUCAGCCAAGGGAUCGCCGGAAGUUCUCCCAGCUGCUAUGUACGAUGGCGAUGCGAGCCACGAGAGCCUGAACAAGGUCAGCUAGAGAGAAUAACUGUUCCGAUUAAACUUGAACUUUUUUAGAUUGGCACUCAGUUGCUCAACGCCCUUGCCGAAUUGGAGGCUCUUCAGGAAGGCAGCCAGCAGUUAAAGAUGGCGGAGAAACGGCGCAACAAGUUCGAAUUCAUUCGUUUCGGAAGAAAGUAG